AUGGAUAAAAAAGCAAUAAGAUUUGAAGAAUACAACCCGGACUCGUCAAAUUGGGACAGUUAUAUAGAUCGAUUGAAGUUUUGUUUCGAGGCGAAUAGCGUCAUUGUAGAUAAUGUUAAACGCGCUAACUUUUUUACAGUUUGUGGUUCGCGGGUGUACGACACUUUACUUGCUUUAAUUACGCCGAGAAAGGCUACUGAAGUGACUUUUGCGGAAAUAGAAACUCUUCUCGGUAAACACUAUAGCCCGAAGCCUAACGAAAUAUCGAUGUCGUUUAAGUUUUACAAACGCGAUCAAAAACGUAGUGAGUCUGUAUCGGACUUUAUAGCUGAUGUGAGAAAACUUAGUUCGAAAUGUAACUUUACCGAUUUAGAAAGAAUGUUGCGCGACAAACUCGUGUGCGGGAUGAGUGAUAGUAGAUUACAAUACGAACUUUUGAAAAAGGACAACUUAAGAUAUCAAGACGUGGUGGAUGCUAUGUUGGCAUCCGAGAGCGCGGGGCGCGACGUGCGCAUGAUUCACGCCACCGCCAGCAACAGCAGCGGCGCGACCGCCGACGCAGCUACGCCCGCUCCAGAAGCUGGCGAGCCGAUGGACGUUAACGCGGUGCAACCAACGCCGUCGCGCAUGUGCUAUCGAUGUGGAAGCCGGCAUCCCGGGGAGUGCCGAUUUUUAAACGCGAUUUGCCGAUAUUGCAAGAAACGCGGUCACAUUGAAAAAAUUUGUAUAAAGAAAAAUAAGACGAAUAACAAGAGAGACAUCAACUUAACAGAGGAAGAUGAUCAUUUAAACGGUAUAUAUAGCAUACGGAGUACAGCACGGGUCCCUCCCUACGAAGUGGAGGUUAUAAUAGCAGACGUGCGCGUUCGUAUGCAAGUAGAUACAGGUGCCAGUUUCUCUCUUGUUAACGAGCGCACAUGGAACGUGCUCGACAAACGCCUCCCGCGCGACUCUCUACAACCGGUGCAGUUGUCUCUGCGUACGUGGAACGAGACUCCAGUCAAACUUCUAGGACAGGCUACUGUAUCGGUCCGUUUUAAGGAUAUCGUUCAAGUUCUGAACGUCAUAGUGGCUAAAGGCACCGGGCCAAACUUGCUUGGCCGAGAUUGGUUAUCACCACUCAAAAUAACUAUGAAUAUAAAUUUUGUUGCUAAUGGUGAUCUUGUACAGAUGGAAAAAGUAAUAGCCAAUCACGGAGAAGUGUUCAGGGAUGGCCUUGGUACUUACAAAGGUAAUCCAGUAGCUAUUCAUGUUAAAUCAGGCGCAAACCCAAGAUUUCUUAAGGCUCGCCCAGUGCCAUAUGCGCUUCGAGAACGAGUGGAGAAGGAAAUAGACCGGCUAGAGCGAGAAGGAGUAUUGCGAGCAGUUUCGUUUUCGGAAUGGGCUACCCCGGUGGUCCCUAUAGUAAAAAAGUCUGGGGAAAUAAGAUUGUGCGGAGACUACCGCAGUACAGUCAAUGAGGCAACUGAGUCCGAUACGUAUCCAAUGCCAACGGCUAAUGAAGUUUUUGCAACGGUGGCCGGUGGAAAAUUCUUUACAACUCUUGACUUAGAUCGAGCUUAUACACAAGUCAUUGUAGACGACAAUACAUCAAAGCUGCUCACUUUAAAUACAUGUAAGGGUCUGUACACUGUGCACAGACUGGCAUUUGGUGUAAAGGCAUGCCCAGGAAUUUUCCAACGAUUAAUGACGUCGUUACUAGCUGGUAUACCAGGAGUUGCAGUUUUGAUCGACGAUAUUAUCAUCUGUGGGCGUACAAUGUUAGAAAUGCACGAGAGGCUAGACGUCGUACUUGAAAGAAUCGAAAAAGCUGGACUUCGUUUAAACAAAAAUAAAUGCAAGUUCGCUAAAGAGAGGGUGGAAUUUUUAGGAUUUGUUAUUGAUUCGGAAGGCAUACAUCCGGCACCGAGUAAGGUGGAAUCAAUAGUAAACACUCCAGCCCCUAAAAACAAAAAAGAGUUACAAGCAUUUCUUGGGCUUUAUAACUUCUAUGAGCGAUUCAUACAAAACAAAGCGACUAUACUUGAGCCUUUACAUCGAUUAUUGGAUACUGAACAGGAUUGGAAAUGGACGAAGGUAGAACAAAAUGCAUUUGAGACAGCGAAAAGGUUACUUACAUUUGACGUGACUUUGAUACAUUACGACGUAAACAAGCCCGUAAUACUCACGUGUGAUAGUUCUGAGUACGGAGUGGGAGCUGUAUUGUCUCAUGAGAUGGAAGAUGGUACAGAUCGCCCAGUUGCAAUGGCAUCUAGAACGUUACAUUCGCAUGAAAGGCGUUACUCUCAACUUGAUAAAGAGGCCGCGUCGAUUAUGUUUGGGAUUACCAAAUUUCAUAACUACCUGAUGGCGAGACGUUUUCGUAUAAUCACGGAUCACUAG